AUGGACCGGUCUCAUGUUUAUAGUAGUUGUUUUUGGUUGGGUCUUCCUAGUAGAUUUUGUGUGGAACACUUUCCAAAAACGGUGUAUAAUAUGACUUUAGAGGAUGAAGAUGCCUCAGAGUAUGAUGUUGUUUACCUUGGUAGUAGAGGUGGCCUAAGUGGUGGCUGGAGAGCAUUUGCAUUGGAAAAUAAAUUGGAUGAUGGUGAUGCACUUGUUUUUGAAUUGGUUGAACCAACAAGGUUUAAGAUUUACAUUGUUAAAGCAUUUCCAAAUAUAGAUGAACAAGAAGAAGAAGAAAACAAUACUCUGGUGCAAGAAAUUAUGCACACAUCCAAAGUAACAAAAGUAUCCAAGACUUCCUCUAAUCGUGGAUCAAAAUCAAAGAAAACUAAAAUGCAAAAAUAUGUCACUGAAACGAAGUCAUCAGGGGUAAAUCCGAAUAAGAAACAUCACCUGUAA